AAACCUACCCCGCCGUAUCCUUUUUCACAAUGUGCCCUGGUGCAGACCACGAGCCCAAUGGGCAGGCCAACGGCGCUGCCCCCAAUGCCAAUGGUGACCACCCCGGUUUCACCGGCAUUGAGACUCGCCAGAACCCCCACCCCUCCGCUUCCCGCAACCCCUACGGCCACAACGUCGGUGUUACCGACUUCCUGAGCAAUGUCUCCCGCUUCAAGAUCAUUGAGAGUACUCUUCGUGAGGGAGAGCAAUUCGCCAACGCUUUCUUCGACACCGAGAAGAAGAUCGAAAUCGCCAAGGCCUUGGACGACUUUGGUGUUGACUACAUCGAGCUCACCAGCCCCUGCGCUUCCGAGCAGUCGAGAAAGGACUGUGAGGCCAUCUGCAAGCUUGGCCUGAAGGCUAAGAUUCUCACUCACAUCCGUUGCCACAUGGACGAUGCUAGAGUCGCCGUCGAGACCGGUGUUGAUGGAGUCGAUGUCGUCAUCGGAACCUCCUCCUACCUCCGUGAGCACUCUCACGGCAAGGACAUGACCUACAUCAAGAACACCGCCAUCGAAGUUAUCGAGUUUGUUAAGUCUAAGGGUAUUGAGAUCCGUUUCUCCAGUGAGGACUCCUUCCGUUCCGACCUGGUCGAUCUCCUGUCCAUCUACUCCGCCGUCGACAAGGUUGGUGUCCACCGUGUCGGUAUCGCCGAUACCGUCGGUUGCGCCUCCCCUCGCCAGGUUUACGAGCUCGUCCGUGUGUUGAGAGGUGUCGUGGGUUGCGAUAUUGAGACUCACUUCCACAACGACACCGGCUGCGCCAUUGCCAACGCCUACUGUGCCCUGGAGGCUGGUGCUACUCACAUUGAUACCUCCGUUCUCGGUAUCGGUGAGCGCAAUGGUAUCACCCCUCUUGGUGGUCUCAUGGCCCGCAUGAUGGUUGCCGACCCCGAGUACGUCAAGAGCAAGUACAAGCUUGAGAAGCUGAAGGAAGUCGAGGACCUCGUCGCCGAGGCCGUCGAGGUCAACAUUCCCUUCAACAACUACAUUACUGGAUUCUGCGCCUUCACCCACAAGGCCGGCAUCCACGCUAAGGCCAUCCUGAACAACCCUAGCACCUACGAGAUUAUCAACCCCGCCGAUUUCGGCAUGAGCAGAUAUGUCCACUUUGCCUCCCGUCUGACCGGCUGGAACGCCAUCAAGUCGCGUGCCCAGCAACUCAACAUCACGAUGACGGAUGCUCAGUACAAGGAGUGCACUGCCAAGAUCAAGGCUCUUGCUGAUAUUCGUCCCAUUGCUGUCGACGAUGCUGACAGCAUCAUCCGCGCCUAUUACCGCAACAUCAAGUCGGGCGAGAACAAGCCCCUCCUUGACCUUACGGCCGACGAGCAGGCUCAAUUCGCUGCCAAGGAGAAGGAGAUUGCUGAGCAAAUCACUGCUUAAGCCCCGUGGCUUGACUGCCUGUCGUCCAAGUUGCAAGCGCCGCCAUUGAAUCACAUCAAUGGGAUUAGAGGGUCGCGUUUUUAGAGAUUUUCCUUUUCUGUUCCUGUUCAUGCUUGCAGCGGGUGGGCCUCUUUCCUGCGGGAAGAUGUUUCCAUUUUACUUUCAUCCUCAUGAUUUCUACGUUUAUGUGUCAAGGAUCUUGAUCUGGUUGUUAUUUCUAUGGGGGUUUUCAAAAAGUCUUCUUUGUCCCUGACUCAAAAAAGAAGAAGAUUCGGUGUUGGGGAAAAGAUUUUGGGUCCUUUUUGGUUUUUGGACCGUGUACAUACGCAGAUAUCGAUGUUCAAACUGCAUUCCACACAAGAGACUGAAUGCUUGAGAUAGACUAUUCGGUAGUAUUCGAUGUUCAUUCCUUGC